GAGCGGCUUCAGGUUUCGGCUCCUCUCGACAGAGUCUGCAGCUCCAGCUGCUGCCCAGUAUCUGCCGCCGUCAGGCUGGAGCUUCCCAAGCCGCCCUUCCUUCCCAAGCCACAGCAGAAAUGACCUCCCUGUCAAGAACUUAGCCUUUUUUUGCUUCUUUCUUCUUCUUUUUUUGUCCCGAGCCGUGCGGCGCCGCCUGAAGAAGCGAGAACUUCUCUUUGUCAACAUGAGGAGCAGGAGCAACUCUGGCGUGAAGCUCGACAACUAUGCCCGCGUAGUGCAGCAAACUAUCCUGCAGCACCAAGAUCCAGUGACCGGCCUUCUCCCGGGCAGCACCGACCACCCGGACGCCUGGGUCAGAGACAAUGUGUACAGCAUUGUGUCCGUGUGGGCCCUCAGUCUGGCCUACAGGAAGAACGCAGACAGGGACGAGGACAAGGCCAAGGCCUAUGAGCUGGAGCAGAGUGUGGUGAAGCUGAUGAGAGGCGUCCUCCAGUGUAUAAUGAGACAGCUGGACAAGGUGGAGAAGUUUAAAUACAGCCGGAGCACCAAGGACUCGCUCCACGCCAAGUACAACACCAGGACCUGCGCCACCGUCGUCGGCGACGACCAGUGGGGCCACCUGCAGGUGGACGCCACCUCUCUCUUCCUGCUCUUCCUCGCUCAGAUGACGGCGUCAGGCCUUCACAUCAUCUACACGCAAGACGAAGUGGACGUAGUUCAGAACCUCAUGUUCUACAUCGAGGCGGCUUACAAAGUGGCUGAUUACGGGAUGUGGGAGAGAGGAGACAAGACCAACCAGGGCAUCACGGAGCUUAAUGCCAGCUCCAUAGGCACAGCCAAGGCAGCUUUGGAGGCUCUGGAUGAACUCAACCUGUUUGGAGCAAAAGGAGGCCCUGGAUCUGUGGUCCAUGCUCUGGCUGAUGACAUCCAGCACUGCCAGUCCAUUCUGACGUCGAUGCUACCCAGAGCGUCCAUCUCUAAAGAGGUGGACGCCGGAGUCCUGGCAAUCCUCACCUACCCGGCCUUCGCCGUGGAGGACAUGAGCAUAGUCAACAUGACCAAGGAGGAGAUCAUCUCAAAGCUGCAGGGUCGAUACGGCUGCUGCAGGUUUCUUAGAGACGGCCACAAAACUCCCCGAGAGGAUCCCAACAGGCUGUAUUACGAGUCCGCUGAGCUUAAACUGUUUGAAAAUAUCGAGUGCGAGUGGCCCCUGUUUUGGACGUAUCUCAUACUGGACGGCAUUUUUAGCAACAGCCAUGAGCAGGUGCAGGAGUAUCAGGAGGCGCUGGAGGGGAUCCUGAUCAAGCAGAAAGAUGGGAUCAAGCUGCUGCCAGAGCUCUACAGUGUCCCUCCAGAUAAGGUGGACGAGGAGUACGAGAACCCUCACUCAGUAGAAAGGAUCCCGAUGGGGAAAUGUCCCCUGAAAUGGGGCCAGUCCCUGUACAUCCUUGGAAAACUCCUGACUGAGGGUUUUCUCGCCCCCGGGGAGAUCGACCCUCUUAACCGGCGGUUCUCCACAAUCCCCAAGCCUGACGUAGUCGUACAGGUGUCCGUUUUGGCUGAGACGGAGGAGAUUAAGGAGCUGCUGAUGAAGAACGGUAUAAACGUGGAGACGGUGGCUGAUAUCCAUCCCAUCCACGUUCAGCCCUCCAGAGUCCUCAGCCACAUCUACGCCAGACUCGGCCGUAACCCAAGGCUCGGCCUGACAGGGCGACCCUACAGAAGGAUAGGAGUUCUGGGAACCUCCAAGUUCUACAUCAUCAGAAAUACCAUCUUUGCUUUCACACCUCAGUUUAUCGACCACAAGCAGUUCUACUUGGCUCUGGACAACAAGAUGAUCGUGGAGAUGCUGAGGAACGAGAUCGCCUACCUGUCGUCCAGGUGGAGGAUAACUGGACGACCGACGGUCACCUUCCCCAUCUCACAGACUAUGCUGACCGAGGACCGCACGGACCUGGACCCAGCAGUCCUGGCUACGCUGAAGAAGUUGCAGGAUGGAUAUUACGGAGGAGCAAGGACCCAGACCGGAAAGCUGUCGGAGUUCCUGACCACUUCCUGCUGCGCUCACCUCAGCUUCCUGGACGGUAAGGCUCCUGGCGGCAUGGUCCGGCACGGCGGCCAUUGUGAUGAUGAUGAUGAUGAUGAUGAUGACAGCGAUGGAUACGUGCAUGAAUUACGUUGUGAUGAUGAAGCGGACGACCUGGCCCAGUAUCUGGACCACCUGUUGGCUCACUCGGCCCCCAAGAAGUCUAAGCGGGCGGCGGGAGGUCUGGGCAGGUUCAAGGCCGUGGCCACCAAAACCAAAGAGAUGGUUUCUCUGAUGAGCAAGGCCCAGGACCUGAACAUCCACAACGUCAACAUGUACCUGCCGAGCAAGCUGUUUCGUUCUUCUCAGCCGUCGCUCAACCUGAACCUCACAGACCCUUCUGAGCCUCAGGAAACUCAGGGCUCAGAGGUGUCGAUCUCGGUGGAGAGCGGCAUCCCCAGAGACGAGAGCGGCGCCGUCGACUACAACGCUCUGGUCCAGCUGCUGAAGGACACGACAAACCUCCAGGACCAGGCAGAUAUACUUUACAUCCUCUUCAAAGACAAAGGCAUGGAGUGGGACACCCAGCUGCAAGGCAAAGGCUCCACGGUCAGAUCUCUGCUCAGCGAGCUUUACGAGAAGGCCGGGGACCUCAAACUCUGGGGCCUCAUCAGGAUGAUCUCUGGCAUGCUGAAGAAGAAGGUGGAGGAGCUCGACUCGGCGUGCUCUGAUCUGCUGGCGCACCAGAAGCACCUGACCGUGGGCCUGCCUCCCGAGCCCAGGGAGAAAACCAUCACGGCUCCGAUCCCGCCGGACCAGCUGGCCGCGCUCAUCGACGAGGCCAGCGACAACAACGUCAGCGUGGCCGUCCUCACCCAGGAGAUCAUGGUGUACCUGGCGAUGAGCAUCAGGACUCAGCCCAGUCUGUUCAGCGAGAUGUUCCGGCUGCGUAUCGGCCUCAUCAUUCAGGUCAUGGCUACUGAACUCGCUCAGUCGCUCAACUGCUCAGGAGAGGAAGCCACAGAGAGCCUGACGAGUCUCAGCCCGUUCGAACUGAAGAAUCUGCUGCACCACAUCCUGAGUGGGAGAGAGUUCGGAGUGCAGCGCAGCGUGCGGGAGGUGGACGCCGGCGUCAGUCCUGCCAUCUCCAUCCAUCACCUGGGCAACGCGGGCGCCACAAAGAGCGAGAGAGCGGGCAUCAGUAAACUGAAGAGCGACAUGAAGAUGCUGGAACGCAGGUUGUCUAUGAUGGACCCCAGUAAGCUCGACCAGCCUAUGACGCCCACUGAAAAGGGCGCCCGAGCUCAGUCACUGGACGUAGAAAAGAUCGAAUCUGGGAGGUACAGACUGCCAUCGGUGGAGUCUCUGGACAUCCCAGACAGCCUUCCCGCCUCCAAGGACAGCAGACACGGCCAGUGGCUGCGCAGGCGGCGGCUGGACGGAGCCCUCAACAGGGUGCCUGUUGGCUUCUACCAGAAAGUGUGGAAGAUCCUGCAGAAGUGCCACGGUCUGUCAAUAGAGGGCUUUGUCCUUCCAUCCUCAACCACCAGAGAGAUGACCCCAGGAGAGAUUAAGUUCUCCGUCCACGUGGAGACGGUGCUGAACCGCGUCCCCCAGCCCGAGUACCGACAGCUGCUGGUGGAGGCCAUCCUGGUCCUCACCAUGCUGGCCGACGUGGACAUCCCCAGCAUCGGCUCCAUCGUUCACGUGGAGAAGAUCGUCCACCAGGCCAACGACAUGUUCUACAAAGAUCAGAAGGACCUGGGAGCAGAAGAGCACAUCCUGGAGAAGGACCCGUCCACAGGAGUGUGCAGGCUGCUGUACGACAGCGCCCCCAGUGGCCGCUUUGGGAGCAUGACCUACCUCACCAAGGCAGUGGCGGUGUAUGUUCAGGACUUCCUGCCCAGUGGGGCGUGUGCAGUGCAGUGAUGGGCUCCAAGUAGAGAAAAUCAUGCAGCGUUGUUUAUAAUAAAGCAAUAAAACAGCAGAGAGGAGCGAGUAGGAGCUGUGAGGUCAAAGUGUUAAAGUGUGUUGCUGUGUUUUUAGGCGUUAGGUUAAAAGCCAAAUAACACGCGUUCAUGUCGCUACAUUUAGUCGUCGUUUUUUUCGUUCUUUUUUGUCUUUAAGGAAGUCCUCAGUGCUCAUAUCUAAUUAACAGCCUUCACCUGAAACUUUAUUCGUACAGUAUGAUGGGACGGCCACACAUACUGGAACUGUGUGUCUUUCCUCUUAAGCCUCUGAGUACUUGUAAGUUUCUCCACGUCUGCAAAAAGACAAAAGUUAUAAUGUAAAAACUGAUCCAACAAGCAGAUCCAUCUUAUAUUGUCCUCAAAAGUAGGUUAAUUUAAAAAAACACACAUAAGGAAGGUAAUAAUACAUACACCCGAGGAGACUGUACACAAUUUAAGGUUCACAAGAUUGUUUUACCAGCAUUUUUUAUAUUAUUUUCACGCAUAGAUCAAGUUUUUCACAAAGCCCAAAUUGGAUCUUAAAACACUAAAAUCAUUCUGGAAAAGGUCUGACUUUGACCUGUUAAUAUAUUGCGGUCUUGAUGCUUCUCUGAGGUGGCUUUAAUGCUGAAAAUGCCCAAAAAUGCUAAUUUCUUAAUGUUUUCACAAAAAAGAAUAAAGGUUUCAUAUUCAAAACUGUGUUCUUGGGAACUUCAGACUCCAGAAUAUAUCAAAUUCCAGUUUGAUCAAAGAGUCGAUAUUAGAUGUGACUGAAAGCAGGCAAGAAAAGGCAAAAAAAAAAAAAAUGAUCCAUUGUUUAGUGCCAGCAUGGAACGCUGCCAUCUUUAGCAUUUAGCCAAAUGUAACAUUUAUUGGUUAAUAGUAUAUCUGCAGUGCUCACAAAUUACUCCUUUCUUUUUUUUUUACCUCUCUGUCACCUUUUGUCUUCCACCCAAAAUGCUGCAGUUAAAUGACUUGAAAUUGUUACAGGAGCACAGAGGAAGCCUUUACCAGAGGGUUUUUUACUACCCGAGUCUUUUUUUUUUUUUUAUUGUGCUCUUAACUACUUCCUGUUUUAAUCCGAUACGUUUGAAAGACAGACUGAAAUCAAUCGCUUUGCUGGCAGUAGCUGCACUGCAGAUUAGAAGACACGUUUGACUUUGACGGGAAAUGUGCUAUUUAAUGUCGGGGGGCUCUAGUCACACCCAUACUGUACACUACCCUUUUUUUAUGUGUAUGAUUGCAAUGUGUGAGUUUAUUCAUAUUAAGAAAGGAAAACAGCAGCUUAUGCAUCACCACCUUCAGUAUUGGUCCCGGGCCGUUUUACAAUAUCGUCUUUUUACUGAACUUUCUUUAGUAACCCAUUUGUGUUUUGUUGUUUCAUGGAACCAAACCAUUUUUCUUUUUUUUGUCUGGAGUAAUGGGAUUGAUCCCCGGACGAACGAGCGACAGCUAACAAGACUGAUCAUAACGGCUUUCACGUGUGCAAUCUUCAUGAACUGAACAGCUUCAAACUAGCGAGUUAACAGUUGUAGCCAAUCCAACAAGGCUCGUCGUUGGACUGCAAUGUAUAUAAAUCAGCGCACUCUAUUUAGGUAUGGGCUUCUAAAGACGGUCACCCAACUAAAGGAGAUAAUGGCCUUAACCAUCGUUGCUUAACGCUGUUUUUAGUUUUAACUGCUCAAAGCAGCCUUUUCAGGUUGCGUUGCUGGAAAACCGGCACGUUUCUUGCUCACGUUUAGCCUUUAUUGCGUCGAUGAGUUGCAUGUGUCCCACUUGUCGCACUCUGCCCUCGUGCGUCGCUCCUUUUAAGCAUAAGCUGCGAUAUUGUGUUGUUUCCUGCUGCCGUAGACUGAGCUGUGGGCUUGUUUAUAGUGAACCAGUUUACACAUGUCUGUUGUUUCGCACUAGCUUUUAUAGUUGUAUAUGUGUAACCCUGAAACGCUGGAUGGUUUAGAGGCUCACUGCGGAACAUUGAGAGGAGAUCAGGAAUGAACUGAAUGCAGGUGAAGAACAUACUUGAUUGUGCCUCUUGUGCCUAAAAUGAGAUUACUUUUUUUUUUUUUUUUUUUUUUUUUAGAUAUUUAAGCACACUCCUCGAUAAUUAUACUCUUGGAAGUAGAGUGAGUCUGUAUGUUCUGAGCAGAGUGAGCUGCUGGUUGACUGCAUUUGAGACUAAUUCUGUAAUAAAAAACAGUAAAAUCUA